UUCAGUCAUAUCUAAAAUUUCGGCAACUCAAGACCUUCCAAUUUUUGUUUGUAAAUAAAGUAUUUUUUGUUAAAAAUUUUUCUUUACGGUUUUGUGUGACAGGUCUUUAAUUUUGAAAAUCGAAUAUAUUAACGAAAACCAUGUUUCGCAACUUGUCGAUGCUGAGAAACAAGCUGGCACUCCAGCGAAUUCUGGUUUCCCGCUUGACUUCGCGAUCCAAAAUGUCCACCGGAGUUACGUGCCUCACAAUUAAUCGUCCCAGGAACAUCGAUGGCGUGACGGUGAUCGACAUUAAUAUGAAUGAUAUGGCCAAGAAUGACGUGGAGUUCAAUCGUAAUUUCGUCAAUUCGCUGACUUCGAUGGACCGCCCUCAUUUCCAGGAACCGAUUCAGUCAGUUGCCACUGAUGCGGCUGACUCGCCAACUCCAGAGGAUUCGGCUCCAGCGGAGCCUGUUGGCAUCCUGCCCCAUGGUGCCCCCAGUUCCGUUUUAGGCGUGGACGGAAAUCCCAUUGUACCCAUCGAAAUCGAUGGCUGGAAUCAGGACGAGGAGGAUCCCACUGUGCAGAAGAACUCGAAGGACGUGGACAUCGGAAAUGAUGACGAGUACAAGGCCGAGAUGGCUCUGCGGGUGCCAGAGAUCAGGGAAGCCCAAACCGAAUACAAGGGCAUCAAGGUGAAGCUGCCGGAGACGGCUAACCAGGAUGUGGGCACCUAUCGCUUCCGUCGCGACGCCCAGGAUCUCAAGGAGGUCGGAGACGACACGCGUCUGGUCCGAUUCGACAAGAAGUAGACGAAACAUGUUUUUCGUUCAAAAUUAUAUCCACUGUCUUCAAGUGUUUCGAAAUUUGUUCAGAUCUUCAGGUCGACCUACGCAUAUGCAUAGCAUUUUCAAUUUCGUAAUAAAGUUGACCAUUCUAACUUAAA